AUGCCCUCCAACGAUUUUGUGCGAACGGUAUCUCGCAACUUCCGGGUACUUGUGAUCGGUGGCUCCUAUGGCGGUCUAGCUGCCGCAUUAGCUCUCAUUGAUCUCUCGCAGGGUCGCCUGGCCCGUUUCAACUGCAAUCCCGAUGCCAAAGCACCCACGCAUCGCAUCCCAAUACAGAUAACUGUAGUUGAUAAGCGAGAUGGGUAUUUUCACCUGAUUGGAUCCCCAAAGGCCCUGGCCUGUGAAAAGUUUGCUUCCGAGGCAUGGACCCGCUUCCAAGAUAUCCCCGGGCUCCGAUAUCCAGAUCUUGGGUUUAUCCAGGGAAGCGUCAAUUCAGUUGAUUUUAAGGCCAAAGUCGCCCAUAUUGUCGAUGCAGAGACCAUGUCGAGCCGUACAGAGUCCUAUGACUACUUGAUUGCAAGCUCGGGGCUGCGUCGGUCUUUCCCCACUGUUCCCCAAUCUUUGCGACGGGAUGAGUUUCUUGAGGAAGCUAGAGAGCAUAUGACGGAUGUGAAGCACGCCCGUGACGGUAUCGUUGUUGUCGGUGGAGGUGCUGUGGGUGUGGAGAUGGCUGCCGAAUUGAAGAUUCUUUACCCAGAGCAGAAGGUCACUCUAGUCCACUCUCGAAAGCGGUUGCUAUCUUCAGAGCCGCUGCCGGAUGACUUUGCCGAGCGGGUAUAUUCUAUAUUGCGUGAGACAGGCGUCGAGGUCAUCCUCGGGCAACGCGUUAUCGAUACAACCGCUGUAGACACAAAAAGUGGGACACGGGCCUGGAAACUCACGCUCAGCGAUGGCCAACAACUAAAAGCUGGCCACAUCUUGAAUGCCGUUUCUCAAAGUAUUCCAACCUCGACAUAUCUACCAAAAGAGGCAUUAAAUGAGGAAGGAUACAUCAAAGUGAACCGCUCAUUACAAUUCUCCGGUGCCAUCCCUAACGCAGAGUAUCAUUGGGCAGUAGGAGACCUCACAGCGUGGGAAGGUAUCAAGCGCUGUGGUGGCGCAAUGCAUAUGGGCCAUUACGCCGCGAUAAAUAUUCAUCAGCAUAUGAUGGCAGAUUGUACUGGUGAGAAGCCGGAAUAUCAGACCCUGCAGCCGUUUCCCUCUGUGAUGGGUCUGGCUCUCGGUAAAACGGCUGUCAGUUAUACCCCGGGCGAGGGCACACGUGAGGGCGAAGACCUGAUGAAAAGCCUGUUUGGCAAAGAUAUGGGACAUACAAGUGCGUUUCUCAUCUGGACCUUUAUUCAUUAA